GUUUGACUGAAGUGUUCAGAUGCUUCAUCUGUAUGGAAAAAUUGAGAGAUGCCAGACUGUGUCCUCAUUGUUCCAAACUCUGCUGCUAUGCCUGCAUAAGGAGAUGGCUUACAGAGACGAGAAUGCAGUGUCCACAUUGUAGGGCACCUCUGCACAUGACUGACCUCGUGAACUGUCGCUGGGCGGAGGAAGUGACCCAGCAAUUAGAUCUGCUACAGCACACGAUUCCACCAAAAAACGAGGGAGAGAAUGACAUCAUUCAGGUCACACGUUCAAGCCAGUGGACAACGAGUACAAUGAGCGUGUGAGGCAGGUGAUGGAGAAACUGAGUUUAAACAGGCGUAGAAACAUUGAGCUCAUACAAGACGUGGAGCGAAAAAUCGAGUGUGAAGAUUGCCCAGGAGAUGAGGGCUGUCGAGUCGAGUUGAUGAUAGCCCGCCUGGAGUCACAACUCAAGAGUACACGUAAAAUGCUCACUCUUCUGGUUAUGAUAUUUGUGAGGCAACAGCUGACCCAGGAGACGGAGGUCCUGGACAACCCGAUUCAAAAGAUCGAGAGUCAGGUGGCCAACAGCAGCAAGACUGAUUUCAUAGCCAAGAGUGAUGAGUUUCUCACAGUGUUCAGACAGACUGAGAGGCAGGGGCCAGUGGGCAGUGCAACCAGUCCAGAACAUGACACUCCAGUUAUAGCUCUCCCUGCUAAAAAGUACGGCGGAAUUAUCUUGUUUAAUGUGUUCAUCAUUUAUGGACUGAAUAUUGAUUAGAACAGGGAUAAUUUUUGUUUAGUUAAAUGUUUUGGUUUUUUGGGUACACAAUUAUUGAAGUAUGUUAUUAUGUGUUUAAGUUAUUGUACACUUGUAAGUUUGUGUUCACCCUCUUUGUAAGUUAAAUAAUCAUUUUGUGUGACUUAAAUUUUUUUGAUAUCCAGCUUCAUCUAUACCUAUUUAUUUUAGCUUGAUUGCAUCGAAAGCCUUAGGCUUAUAUAAACGCUCUCGAGUCCGUUUCCUGGGCCUAGAACCAGUACUGAGUGUCUUUGGGAGAGAUCUAAAGAACGCUCCCACGGUGGGGAUUGACCUCUCGGUCGCUAGGCGGACACCAUAUCCAUUACACCACGGAGACCCGGAUAUCCAGCUUAUUUCAUUGAUGUCACUUAAUUUUCUGUAAUUAACCUAUUUGCAUUAAUCCAGUGACACAUCACACAUGUGUUUAACGACCUUAUGACUGUUAUAAAACCUGGUAGAUGAAUUCUAAAAGUCAUUGGAUUUUAUCCCAUUUUCACCGCGACAUUGACGGUAUAACACGUUGUGGAAUAUACUUUCUUGUAUUCAACACUGUGGAAUAUACCUGUCGCGUGCACGGACUACUUUUUAAAUGACGUCAUGCGAUAUGCGCUAAAAUAAGGUCGAUAUUGUUUGGUUCAUUGAUCGAAUUAUAAGG